AUGGAAUUAAGACACGUUACAUUAUUGUUUUUCAUAUUUUCCAUUUGCAAUAUUGAGAGCUAUGUUCUAAAAAAAAAAUCCAUAUUUAAAUCAAGUUGUAACUUGGCACCCAGGAGCAAGGGGAAGCAGUUAAGGCUUAAAAUAAAUGACAUCAUUAAUUUUAAAAACAAAGAGGAAUUGAAAAGGGAAAUCAUAAGGCAUUCAAAGAGUAUAUCAUUAGACUUAAAUGACAAGCAAAUAAAUAACAUAGGAAAUAAUUUACAUGAGUUUUUUUCUUAUGUGAAGUUAAAGGAUAUACGAAUAGGUGUUCAGAAGAUAAGAAACAAACGAAAUACUAAAGCUUUGCCACUAUGCAUUAAGGAUAACAAAUAUGAAGAAUUCCAUACAUUAAAUAUGAAAAAAGAAGGGGAGUAUUUCGUCCAGGAUUCGAACAGUUAUUCGAGUUGA